GGUCGGCUCAUCAGUACCAGUUAACCGGUUCGAGGAGCCAUUACAUCAAUACUGUAACAGUGAUAAAGCAUAAUAUUAUAAGUUGAAAUCAGGAGAUUUCAAGUGAAUUUUGUGUUUUGUGGAAAGAUAAUUUGUUUCGAAUUUUUGUGUUUGUUUGUUCAAGGGAUCGAAUAUGAAACGUUUCGUUUCGGUCAGUGCGGUUUUACUUGGACUAUUUGUCGUUGGAUAUGUGAACGGUUUUGAUUUCGAUGAUUUUCAUCGUCGUACGCCACUAAUACCUCAUGAAUUGUUCAAUGACAAUCCGACGGGAUUUUGGCCCUUCCAACACUUUGCACACAAAGCAUUUUUCCCAAACUCCAGACGAGUAGCUGACGAUGACAGUUCAGAGGAAGUGUUGGCCGAGCCGGGCAGUUCAGAACCGAUAGAUAUCGACUCCAUUAGUGGUUCGAUUGGUAAUCCAGACGAUGUACAUGCGGAAAUCGAAUCCCAUCACACCGAUCCGUUCGGUUCAUUCGAUCCGUCUGGACUGUUUUUCCAUCAAUCGUUCAAUCCGUUUGUUAAUCCAUUCGGUGUGCUCAAUGGAAUGGUACCACGACAGCAACCUUGGUGGAGAGGGCCGAAUGUGUGCACACAGCGGCAAGAAGAUAUUGAAGAUAUUAAAGGCGCAAAUGACGACAGUGGUGAAGAGAGGAAAUCGAAUAGACAAACAUUCCACUUCGGUGUGCAUUUGACUUUGAACUCAUGCGUUGAACGUUCACACAAACAUGUUUGUAAAUCGGUCGUUAACGAAAAUGGUAAAACUAAAACCGUUUCAAUUACCCGACAAUGCUGCCACGGCUAUGGAAGACAGAAUGAUGUUGAUGUCAGCAAAACAUGUGAAAAAUUGAACUUAGUGUCGGUUAUGGAGACGUCCGAGAAAUUGGGCGGUAAAGAGUUCGUUAAGGCAGCCAAAAACAAUGGUUUGGAGGAGAUGCUGACCAAGAAGAAUGUCACCGUUUUCCUACCAACGGAUGCAUCGUUCACCGACUACUCGGAACAAAUGUUUGAAUCGAAUUUGGUCGUAAUACCACAGGUAGCUCGACGUCGUCGAAGCGCCGAACACGAUUAUCUCUCCAGCUUCACCUCGAAAGACUUAGCUCUGAAUCAUAUCGUCGAUGACUGGAUUGACAUUCAGGACAUUGAAAACGAGCAAAUUCUCCAGACGCAAUACGAGAACCUGACGAUUCGAAUGAAUAUUUAUCCACGUCCGCCCAACGACGAUACGUAUGCGUACGCCUAUCGCUAUACUGCCAAUUGUGCGCCCAUAGUCAAAGUCAAUCAGAUUGCCGAGAACGGUAUCGUCCAUAUGGUGGACAGAGUCUUGAGUCCGGUUACGAAGAAUUUGAUGGAAUUGGUGCGCAGUCGCAGUGAUAUGGCCGUGCUGAGAACCGUGUUGGAGAAGACAAAUUUGGCCGAGCUGUUGGAGAAGGACACCAAGCAUUUUACGUUGUUUGCACCAAAUGAUAAGGCCUUUGGAAAGCUGAAUGAACAUCUGAGAAGGACAAUGAAAAGUGGCAACGAAUGUGCGAUGAACAUCAUCAAGAACCACAUCUUGGAAAUGAGUUUCUGUUCCGUGGCUGUAGUAGACGGCGUUCGCACCGGUGCUGAAAAUUCUUUGGGACUUAGGCUGAAUCUUGAGAGAGCAGAAAACGAUGCAGCCAGCGAGAAUGAAAUAGCCGAUUUGACUGGCAUCAAAAGCAUCAUCAUCAACGGAAAGGCGAAAAUCGUCGAAACCGACCUGGUUGGAACGAAUGGCAUUUUGCAUGUCAUCGAUACGGUUCUGCCAACUGACUCCGGUCUACCGAUUUCGACGAUGCUCGAGAGCCACAAUCUGACGAUAUUCGGUGAUCUCAUUGAAAAUGGUGGCUUUGCCGAUGAGUUCGACAGCCUGAUGAAUGUGUCGUUCUUUGUGCCAAGGGAUGAGGCCUUCGAUGGAUCGGAAUGGGUAAAAAUGUUAAAGGAAAAUCCAGAGGAACUGAAGGGAAAUGAGGAAUUGAAGUCGUUUUUGACCUAUCACAUUGCGAAGCCGUUGACAAAAACCUGUGACUUGACCGAAGAAGUCAUGAAAACCGAAAAUGGUAACGGCCUCCGAAUCAACUUGUACUCAACGCAUUCAAUCCUUAACAACGUCAUGAACAGAGCUACCAUAAACUGUGCUCGAUUGGUCCAUUUUGACGACAUUACGUGUGGAUCAGUGGUUCAUCAAGUUGAUCGAAUUCUAACACCACCAACAACGAGUCUACUCGGUGCAUUGGAAGCCAACGAUAACUACAGCAUGUUCCUCGGAUUGAUUAAGAAAUCGAAUCUCACGCAAAUGUUGGACGAUGCCAAUCAGAAUUUGACCAUGUUGGUGCCGACAAACGACAUUUUCAGAGAGCUAAAGGAGUUCUACGAUGAAUUGCUAGAGAAUCGCAACCAAUUGGAACAUUUUGUGAGACUCCAUGUCCUUGAUGAUGUUUUAUGCUGUGCUGGCAUCGUACAGACUCAAUGGCCAUUCGUCCGAGUGGUGAAAACAAUCAACGACUACGAACUGAAACUAAGCCGUGAUCGCCGUCCGAAAGUACAAAACGCUGGCAUCACCAAAUGUGAUAUUAUUGCCAAAAAUGGAAUUAUUUUAGAAGUAAACGAUGUGGUCAGCGCUAAGCGAAAGGAAUCUCAAAUCGAAGAUUUUAACACAUUUUUGAAUAUUUAAAAAACAGAAGAAGAAAAACUUUGCUCUGGUGUAUCGUUCGGUCGAACGGGGCAAAUCGUGAAUUGAUUUUCCUUUCUCGUAAGAAUUUUAUUUAUGUUUGACGCGAUUUGCGGUGAAAUAAAUCGAUUUGAUUUGAAUAC